AUGAUGGAGAUUGGAAAUCUCACCUACGUUACAGAGUUCACCUUGGCGGGACUGACUAGCUGUCGCAAGAUACAGAUUGUCCUCUUCAUGGUCUUCUUAAUUGUCUACCUAUUCACCAUUCUGGGAAAUCUGGUGAUCAUUCUGCUUGUAUGGACUGAAUCCUCCCUCCACACACCAAUGUAUUUCUUUCUAAUUCAACUCUCUGGGCUGGAGAUUUGCUAUGUCACCUGUACUUUGCCCCAGAUGUUAGUCCACCUUCAUUCUGGCACUGGAGCCAUCUCCUUCACCCGUUGUGCCACCCAGAUGUAUUUUGCUCUGAGCCUGGGAGGCACUGAAUGUCUUCUCCUGGCUGCUAUGGCUUUUGACCGCUACUUGGCCAUCUGUCAACCCCUCCUUUAUUCCACUACUAUGGGCAAGUGGCGCCAACUGCAACUCUCCCUAGUUUGUUGGUCAGGUGGCUUCAUCCUUGGUUCAAUCAAUGUAGGUUCUACUCUUUGGUUCCCAUUUUGUGGCCCCAACCAUGUUGAUCACUUCUUUUGUGAACUACCAGCAGUUUUAAAACUUUCCUGUGCUGACACCCACAUUGCAGAGGCUGCUGUAUUUCUGGCAUCUGUGUUGCUCCUGCUGUUUCCUGUUUCCAUUAUCUUGACUUCCUAUGGACUAAUACUUUGCUCAGUGUUACAAAUGAGAUCUAUUUCUGGGCGCCACAAAGCUUUCUCCACAUGUGCCUCCCACCUUAUUGUAGUCACCAUAUUCUAUGGUACUGUCAUGUCUACAUACAUGAUUCCACGAUUGGAAUCAGGUCCUGAUCAUGACAAACACAUUUCUGUCUUUUACAUGUUAAUCACUCCCUUGAUCAAUCCCAUUAUUUAUACCUUGAGAAACAAGGAUGUCCAUGGGGCAGUGGUCAAAGUGAUGCCCCCCCUUUUUUUUUGUAAGAAGGACAGUGCACGUAGCGAGCAUCCUAUCACUUUGACAGACUGGAGUUAA